AUGGUUUCUCUGGUUCACACGUGGAUGAGGAAUAUGUCUGAGAUGAUGCUGCUGCUGCCGAUAUUGUGGUUUUUACCUCUGACUGGAGCGGCUCCGUCUGUGGCCACCGAGCAGCUGGACACUGGGGUGGACUGGCUAAGCAAGUUUGGCUACCUCCCGCCCCCUGACCCAGUGACUGGUCAGCUUCAGACCAAGGAGGCCCUGACCAAGGCCAUCAAAGCCAUGCAGAAGUUCGGAGGGCUGAAAGAGACCGGAGUCUUUGACCAAGCCACACUGGGUCUAAUGAAAACACCCAGAUGUUCUCUGCCAGAUGUUUCUGAGGCUGAGGUGACAAUGGGCCGUGGGAAACGGAGCCCAGCUCCUCCGAACAAAUGGAACAAGAGGCAUCUAUCCUGGAGAGUGAGGACCUUCCCUAAGGAUUCGGCCCUACUGGGCAGGGACACUGUUCGAGCCCUGAUGUACUACGCCUUGAAGGUCUGGAGUGACAUUGCACCACUUAACUUCCACGAGGUGGCAGGAAGUGAUGCAGACAUUCAAAUCGACUUCACUAAGGCCGACCACAAUGAUGGAUAUCCCUUUGACGGGCCGGGGGGCACCGUGGCACAUGCAUUUUUCCCCGGAGAGAGGUUCACAGCUGGUGACACGCACUUUGAUGAUGACGAGGCCUGGACCUUCAGAUCUCCAGACUCUCAUGGGAUGGAUCUGUUUGCGGUUGCAGUCCAUGAGUUUGGUCACGCCAUCGGCCUGGUGCACACCUCAGCCAUCGAGUCCAUCAUGAGACCGUACUACCAGGGUCCUGUAGGUGACCCUUUGAAAUACGACCUACCCUAUGAAGACAAGGUCCGCGUCUGGCAGCUCUACGGUGUCAGAGACUCAGUGUCCCACACAAACCGACCAGGCAACCCCUCCCCGACGGCUGAACCGCCAGUCCUACUGGACCUUCCUGAAAACAGAUCUACAGUCAUGCUGGCGCGAGAUGCCCCUGACAGAUGCACCAGUCACUUUGAUGCCGUGGCCCAAAUACGGGGGGAGGCCUUCUUUUUCAAAGGGAAGUACUUUUGGCGACUAACUCGAGAGAAGCACUUGGUGUCUCUUCGUCCGGCUCAGAUCCAUCGCUUCUGGAGGGGCCUUCCCCCCAAUCUGGACAGUGUGGAUGCUGUGUAUGAGAGGCCUGGGGACCACAAAAUAGUCUUUUUCAAAGGUCUAAAGUACUGGGUAUUUAAAGACAAUAACGUGGAGGAGGGUUACCCUCGUCCAAUCACUGACUUUGGCCUACCCUUGGAGGGCGUGGAUGCAGCCUUCGUCUGGCUACACAACGACAAAACCUACUUCUUCAAGGACAGCCACUACUGGCGCUACGAUGACCACCUGAGGCGCAUGGACCUGGGAUACCCUAAAGACAGCACGCUUUGGAAGGGGCUGCCAUCACAACUGGAUGACGCCAUGAGGUGGUCUGAUGGCUCGUCCUAUUUCUUCAAGGGGAAGGAGUACUGGCGAGUGCCUGGCAGUGACAUGGAGGCCGAAGCAGGAUACCCCCGCCUCAUCGCUAAAGACUGGCUGCUGUGCACCGAGAUGCAGUCUGACUCUCCAGACACAGAGCCCAAAAGCACGGAGACGAGAGGCAACGUGCACCAUCGUCCAGACCACGCAGAGAAUGGAUACGAGGUGUGCUCCUGCACCUCUGAUACCGCUUCGCCUUUGGGCGCCCGCCCCUCCCCAUCUCCCAUGUGGCUGCUGCCACCCCUCUGGACGCUCUCGCUGGCCCUCCGCUCUGAACUGCUAUGAUGCCAAAGCACGGGACAAAGUUCUCAAGCUGGGUGCAAGAAAGAGACUCUUUCAGUGGAGGGCCAGUGGACACUCAGUCUGAAUACAAACUGGAAAAUUGUGUUUCUAUAAAUAUCAAUUGAUAUGUUUUAUGCUAUUAUUUUUCUGUUAUUUAUUUCACAUGCCAUUUGAUGGUCAUCUAAAGCGCCUUGCAGUAUGGGUAGUACAUACAUACAUUAUCAUAUUAUGACACAAGGGUAUAUCUAGUAGGCAUCAAUCCAGAGACAAUGACAAUGAGUUACACAGAACCACAAGUUCUGUCUCUUAGUUUUUUCUCGAAUGGUGAAAAUAUCUUAUCUUUGCAAGGAAGCUAAUUGCGUGGGACUGUUCAGAAAUGUGUUCACAACUCCCAUUACAAUUAUUUUUUUUAUUUUUUUUUCAUGUACAACAAGUUUGCAGCAAUAAUGAAUGACAUCCUGGGAUGUAGGCAGGUCAGUGGGUAAAUGGCUCGGUAGUACUCUAAGGCCUGUCCUGUAAAUAUUAAGCUAUAGCUAGCAGCCACUUAGCUUAGCUUGGCUUGGCAUAGCAUAAUGACUAGAAAUGGGAGCAACAGCAAACCAGGCUCUGUCUAUGGUAACAGAAAACUGAAGUGUAAAAACAACACAUUGUGGUUGCAGCUAUUUGCUGAUAAGUGGAUUUUGUUACCUUCAGACAGAGCAAGGCUAGCAGUUUCCCAUCUUCCAUGGUAAGCUAAGCUAACCAGGUCCCAGCUGCAGGCUUUUAUUUACCAUACAGAUUUGAGAAUGGUAUCGAUCUUCUCAUCCAACUCUCAGCAAGAAAGCAUAUUUCCCAAACUGUUGCGUUAAAUAGUGCCUGGUAAGUAGAAACUCCUGCCAGGCUGCUUAUUUCCUCCCAGUGUUCUCCACCAAUCAAAUGGUUAUGUUUCAGUUUACGUUGGUUACAGUUAUGACCGUGAUGGGGAUCUGAGUCUGAGUCCACCAGAGACAAGAGACAGUACGUUAACGCAGCCUGACAGGAAGAGCUGCCUGAAAGACUCAAAGCAGGGCAAAUAAUGACAUUCUCGAAUAUAGAUACAGCAGUUAGACAGGUGACUGACACCCCGGCAUGUAUCUAGGCAGACAGGCGAAAAGUACCCUGGAAUGUAGUGUAGAUAGAUAGUUAGGUUUACAGAUGAAUGGCCCCAUGGGAUGUUGACAGGAAGACAAAUGAAUGACAGACUGGGAUGUCGACAGGUAGAUGAAUGCAUUCAGGGCUGUAAACAGGUACACAGGCGAAUGCCAUCCGGUACAUGAAGCAAAGGGAACCCUGGGCCGUAGGAAGUGAGACAAACUUUUGUGUCACUUAACGCCAUUAUCCUAGCUUAAAUCCCUUACCUGAACUCCCACGCUCUUUGAGGAACUACUACUCAUGUAUCUCCAUGAAAUCAUUUUCAGCCCUGACACAGAAGCAUUCCCUGCCAUUAAAAGAGGCAGUAUUGGUUUUGUUGUAUUUUUUGUAAUUAAUAUGAAUAGAAAAGUGAUUCCAUAUCGCUUUUUAAUCAUAUUUGAAGUUCACCAAGCCUUUUUCCUCACCGCCAGACAAUUUCCUUCAAGUCAAGCUCUUUCUGGUGACUCGAUUUGUUCUCUGAUAUAUUUACCUUCAAUUUAAAUAUAGACACAGAUAUAUUUGGGUUGAGAUGUCCCAUGGUCACUGAGAAACCAUGUGGACUGUGUAUAUUUCAAGGUGUGUUUUCUAAUGUAAAAUAUUUUUGUAGAAAAAUAAAAGAAUCUGAAUGACUU